AUGUCAAGCUCUCAGUUCGCCACACCACAGGAUGUUGCGCCAGCACCGGCAGACAACGAAACUGUGGUUGCCCCACGGAAGAGGAGGAAACGCGCACCUGCUGCUGGUGCGGCUGUGGACUGCUUCACCUGUACAAGUCGGAGUGUUCAAUGCGACCGACGGAGACCGUACUGCUCCCGAUGCUUGGACGAUGGCAAGGACUGUGCUGGCUACAAAACUCAAUUGACCUGGGGCAAUGGAGUAGCAAGCAGAGGCAAGCUUCGAGGCCUUUCACUACCCAUUGCUGGCACUCAGAAGCUGUCCGCAUCCAAUUCACCACCCAGACCGAAGAAGAGGACAUUACCACCACCAUCUUCUCGCGUACCUCAGUUGCAACACAUUCUCAAUGCUUCCCCGGAUGCUCGCCCCACCAUCUCCUCGGAAGUGCAAUCCCCAGAAUCAGCCACCAACGGCAACGUAGACUUCCACUUUGGUCUAUCUCAUCCGCCUCCAAUUACGCCCUCUUAUGCCACGGCUACUAGUCCAUGGAGCCCUCCACCAGAAGUGCCCGGAGUCAAAAUAGCGCCGAGAAUCUCUCCGUAUACGGCUGCGUCUUGGACACCGUCUGUUGUCCACGGAGCACCUGUUGGUGAUGGUCUUCGACGGCCCAGUGCUGUAUACAGCGGGAGCGAUCGAGUGUCGCCGAUGUCACACUCUCCACCGUCGCCCGAAUCAGCAUACUUUGGACGAGUCUUGAACCACGACUCAAUGGGUGUGCCGGCUACUUUGCCUCCUUAUACCGAGUCACCUCGAGUCACAUCCCCAUUUGGUGGGUCGUUUCCUGAGCAGGGGCAGUUUUCCAUUUACCAGAGACAGGACGACCGUCUUUUCAGCCACGAACCAGAUGUUUCGGCACUCCUACCACAAGGAAUGGAACAAGCCCUUGCCCAGAGCAUUGACGAUGCUGUUGACGGUGAGGUUGAAGAAGUACGUCGAGUCGCGUAUGAAAACGAAUGUGCCAUUGUGGAAGAUGACUCUACGGUUGGCUUUCCUCGGUGGUCGCUGCACGACUACAGCCUCUCGCUCUCACCUUUUGCAGGUAUUACAGCUAUUGGCGCAACCCCACGGAUGCAGUAUUUGAUACAAUACUACACUGAGGUCAUCUCGCCUGUGAUUGUAGCCUUUGACGGCCCUUCCAACCCGUAUCGAACUCAGAUUCUGCGGCUGGCGGGGAAGAGCGAAACGCUUCAACACGCAAUAGCCGCAUUGGCAGCAAGUAACCUGAGACAGCGGCGGGAAACUGGAUUAUCGACAGGCAAGACAGAUCCAGCGAGGAGGUCAUCCAUGGCCCAUCUCACCCUCACGAAAGAGGACUGGCAUGAGGCAGGCUUGUUGACUCCGCAGGAGCAAGCACGUGAGGAAUCCCUUCAUAAAGGCAUUGCUAUACAAUCUCUCAAUAUGCAACUCGCUGAUCCUGUUCAACGGAUGGACGAUUCGAUUCUGGCCACACUGCUUAUUCUGUGUCUAUUCCACAUCUGUGAUUCAGGGAUUGCAAAGUUCCGCACACAAUUCGCUGGUGUCAAAAAACUUCUUUCCAUGCGCAAAAACGACUCAGGGUUGGAUACGAGGGAGGCGAAAUGGUUCACACGGAUGUUCACCUGGUUUGAUGCAAUGACUGCCACGGUCAACGAUCGCGAGGGACAGCUCCAGGGCUACCACCUGGACGUGUCCGCCCUGUCGGACGAAGAAUGGGCACUGGAGAAUCUUGCUGGUUGUGACGGCAAUUUGUUCAAGAUAAUCGCCAAACUGGGUAGGCUGAAUGUGUUGAGCCAAGGCAAAUCAGUUGAGGAAAGUCCUGCUAUUGUGUCUCGACCGGUGCCCACGAUGUCUUCGGCGCUGCACUUUGACUACAGCAAAUUCGACGGCAAUGGAUGGAUGCGGAUCGCUGAGGAUGACGAAUUGUUCUCCAGCAAAGUGACAGAACCCGAUGUGAAGACGCAGUUCUGGCGAGAAUGGAGGGAAAUUCGACAGGCCUUGCUGGCUUGGCAGUUGGAUUCGAGUCUUCGCGACUGCCCCAACCUUGGAGUGCCUUACUUGACCGAUGAGCAGCGCGUCGACCUCGGGAAUAUAUCUGAGUCCUUCAGAUAUUCUGCACUGUUAUAUACCGAGCGCUUAGCCCAUCCACAAGUCCCCAGUACGGACUUGGCCAUCCGUGGUUGGGUACAAGAAUGUCUGAAGUACAUCAAAGCUGUCAAGUCGGAUGUGUACCUUCUCUGGCCCUUGUUCAUUACAGGCAGCGAGUGCGUCGACGAUCUUGAUCGUGACGUGAUUCGCCAACGAUGCCUUGAUAUCCAGAAGGACAGUGGCUUUCUUAACAACAAGAGCUGCUUGGAGCUUUUGGAGAAGGUGUGGCGCAAUUAUGACGAGAAGAAGAAACCGAGUCUGUUCAGCAGCGAGUAUGCGGAUUCCUUUGGAGAUGUGGAUGACGAAACUGGCUUCAGAUUUACGACUAUUAUGAGAAUGGAGAAAAACCAGGGUGAGUAUAUUGUCGUCUGA